AUGCUAAAUAGUUUCUGGGGUAAAUUUGCUCAAAGAACUAACAUGACCCAGGUGGAGAUGGUCACUGAUGAAGAUCGCUACUUUGAGCUCCUCUUAUCCGACGCCGUAGAGGUCCAGAAUAUGAGGUUUGUCAACGACGAGGCGAUUGAAGUACAUUUUGUUCAUACAGAAGACUUCAUUCCUCCCAACGCCAAGACCAACGUGGUGCUGGCAGCCUUCACCACAGCUCACGCACGUCUAAAGCUGUACAGUGUCUUGGAAGGUUUAGAAGAAAGAGUCCUCUACUUUGAUACAGAUUCCAUAAUUUAUCUAUCCCGGGAAGGCGAAUGGGAGCCAGACACCGGAGAUUACCUUGGGCAAUUGACAUCUUAGACUGGCGAGAACCACAUCACCACGUUUGUAUCUGGUGGACCGAAAAACUAUGCCUACAAGCUUGAUGAUGGGAGUACGUGCUGCAAAGUGAGGGGAAUAACGCUGAACUACAGAAACUCCCUACAAAUAAAUUUAGAUACCAUGUCAAGAAUGGUGCGGGGAAUAGCUGGAGAAAAGAUUACU